UCCGUGGUGUUGUCAUUAAGGGCUGUAAAAGUUCUGUUUAUACGAAUGGCGAACAAAUCAUCGAGAAACACACCAAAACUCCCAGCUGCCACGGUUCGCCUGACUGUAGAUCUGAUCGCCAGAUCUAACAGUCACCUUAAAAGCAAAAGAAAUGUUCCAGUCCAACAUUAUCUCAAGAAAUUGACACAUCUCAAUUUUUCAAACAAGAACAUCGAUGAUAUCGAUGACCUUUCCAUGUGCAGAAACCUCACAGUUCUGUACUUGUAUGACAAUCAAAUUACACACAUCUGCAACCUGAAUUUUGCUUCCAAUCUUACACAUUUGUACUUGCAAAACAACAAGAUCACUCACAUAGAGAACUUGUCCUGUUUGAAGAAGCUCUCCAAAUUGUUUCUGGGGGGCAACAGCAUUACGCUGGUCGAGGGUUUGGAGCAAUUGGGAGCGCUAAAGGAGCUGCACAUCGAAGGCCAGAGACUCCCACUAGGAGAGAAGCUGCUCUUUGACCCUCGUACUGUCCAAAGCCUGUCGGAGUCAUUAUGUGUUUUGAAUAUUAACAACAACAACAUUGAUGAGAUACUGGAUCUGGCCGUUCUCAACAAACUGACACAUUUAUAUGCUGCAGACAACCAAUUCGUGGACGUACAGGAACUGGAGAUGGUGUUUAGCCAGUGGCCUCAACUGUAUCAUAUGGAUUUGCGUGGAAAUCCUGUCUGUCAUAAACCCAAAUACAGAGACAGACUAAUAACUGUUUGCAAAAUGCUAGAGGAACUUGAUGGGAAGGAGAUAACCGAGAUGUCUCGGCAGUUCUUAAUCAACUGGAAAGCCUCAAAAGACGUUAAGAAGAAAAUAACAGAUGGUAGAAUCAUAACGGGACAAAUUUCACAUCCCUUUUCUGCUGACUUUCACUUGGGCCCCCAACAUCCCUUUGCCUGUAACUCUGCUGGCUUUCUGGGGAAGAGAAAGCCGCUCUGGUUUGGGAGACCCACCAUAAAAAUGAGGUCAGGCGCAGUGCGGACAGACUGCGGAGACGUAAGUAUGAAGAAUCAUGAAGACCCCCGGAGCACAGGACUAAUUACAGAUCUUCAAGAGAUGAAAGUUCAGAAUCACAUGGCUCUCUGAGCAUCCUCUUGAAGAAACUUUGUGGACCUCUUAGACAUUUCCCAUGGCCCGCACCCCACACACAGACGGUUCAUCACGAGUGCAUGUGGAAUGGAUCUGAGUGCUCACAGAAAGAUCAAGUCCACAGUAAUUGUCUGUCAUAAUGUCAGAAUGCCACUUUCAGAGUUGUAACACACUGACAGCAAGCACUCUGUUGCACUUUGUUCUAUACACUCACACACUGCCUCUGUCUUCGAUCAGUUUAUUGACAGCUAUUUGAUCAAGUGAUGCCUGUAAGAAUUUCUGUUUUUAUCACAUUCCAGUGAGCUUUAUCUUCAAGCCUUGUUUUAGUUUACUAUUUGUUGAACAUCAGAACUUCCUGUC